AUGUCCAACCGACAGCUUUCUCGAGAUAUGCAGGUCGAGUUCCAGGCCAGAUUCCAAGCGAAGCAGGCUCGCAGAGAAGCGCAGAAGGCCGCCAAGCAGGAUCCCAUCCUGAAGAAACAAAUCCAGGACCUGCUCAAAAAGGGAGAAACAGCAAAGGCGUAUCAGAAGGCCAAAAUGCUCUUGUCCAAGCAGGCCCUGGCACAGCAAAUGGACCAGAUGGCUGACAUGGCUGAGCUCUCCGCCGCACAAAUUCAAGCCAACAACUCGAUGAACCGCAUGACGCACAUGAUGGGCCAGUCAUCCCGUACUAUGUCGCUCGCACAAAAGAACAUGAACCCUGAAAAGACUUUGGUUACCCUCGAGCAAUUCAAGCAACAAAACGAAGAGUAUGCCAUGUCCAACGGAAUCUAUCAGGACGCCAUCUCGCAGUCGACAAGCGCCCAGGUUUCCGAGGACGCCGUUCACGAACUCUUGGGCAAGCUGGCCGACGACGCAGGCGUACAGCUGAACGCCGAACUCAACAGCGCAACGCCGGCCAAGGAAGAGCUCGUUACCAACGAGCCCACAGCCGAGGAGGAAGAUGCUUUGCAGCAGAGGCUGCGUGCUUUGAGAGCAUGA